ACAGACCCAUCCCCACUUAAACACAUACAACCAUUGAUCACAAGUGCACACUCUACAUAAACAGUGUCCCAAAAGAAGUAGAAGUCGAUUUUGCAGAGAAAAAAUGAAUGGAAAGGAGAGCAAGCAUGAUAACUAUCAUCCAUUGCUAAGAGGAGGAAGAAGAGAUCCCAAGAGCUACACUCAUGGAUUCUCUUCUACUCAGAUUGAAACUCUAUCUUCUGUCUGUGAAGCUUUUUUACCUCCCCUGUCUUCUACUCAUCACAACCAGCACAUGCCCAUGGCCUUAUCUCAACUCUCUGGAGCUGAUUCUCCAAUCCCAGAUGAGGUUGCGGAAAAAUUGGUGACAAAUUGUUUGCCAGAAGCAGUGAAAUUAAUCAAUGUAGUUCUGAUGCUUCUGUCGACAAGAUUGGGAAGUUUAUUACUUUGUGGAUUUGCUUGUUUAAAAGGGAGAUGGCCUUUUAUUCUUAAGUUUUCCGAGUUAUCUGUGAAGCAAAGAGAGGAGAGUUUACUGAAAUGGUCAAAGCAGUCCUUUCUGAUCCCUUUAAGACUUGCAUUUGUGGUGCUUAAAAUCAUCUGUUGCUUCGUUACCUUCUCUUUGACUGAUGAAAACUAUAAAAAUCGAACUCUGGAAUCAAUUGGAUACCGCGUGAACAAAGAAGAUAAGAACUUGAACAAAACCAAGAAGGAGAGACCUCUUGAAAGGGGCAUUAUAGAAAUGAGCUGUGCUGAUGACUCAACUUUAAUCAACUCCCUUGUAUCAAAAGGACUGGAAGUUAAGAAAGAUGUAGAGGACAAUGUGUAUCGGGUCAAAUGUGAUGUUGUCGUAGUUGGUUCUGGCAGUGGAGGUGGAGUUGCUGCUGCAGUACUUGCUAAUCCCGGCCUUAAAGUGCUUGUUCUUGAGAAAGGUGAAUACUUUGUGCCAGAAGAUUAUUCUUGCCUUGAAGGCCCUUCCAUGCGUGAAUUAUACGAGUCUGGUGGCUUGCUAUCAACCAUUGAUGGUAAAACAAUGGUUAUGUCCGGAACAACAGUUGGUGGAGGAUCCGCUGUAAAUUGGGCUGCUACCAUUAAGACACCAGAGUUUGUACUCAGGGACUGGGCAGUUAAUCAGAAGCUGCCACUGUUUGGAAGUGCUGAAUAUCAAGAAGCCAUGAACAUCGUGAGUAAAAGACUUGGCGUCACGGAGAAUUGUACUGAAGAAGGAUUUCAGAACAAAGUAAUCCGGAAAGGGUGUGAGAAUCUUGGUUUGAAGGUUGAGAGGAUUCCAAGAAAUUCCUCAGAGGAUCACUACUGUGGUUCUUGUUGUUAUGGUUGCAAAACAGGAGACAAAAAAGGAACUGAUUCAACUUGGCUAGUUGAUGCUGUUGGGAAUAAUGCAGUGAUCUUAACGGGAUGUAAAGCACAAAAAUUUAUUCUAGAAGAAAACAAGAAUGGGAAGACCGAGAGGAGAUGCUUGGGAGUGAUGGCUAAUGCCGUGAGCAAGAAAAUUACAGUAAAACUGAGAAUUGAAGCACGUGCAACAAUUGCAGCAGGUGGCUCCCUCUGCACACCCCCACUGAUGAUUUAUAGCGGCUUAAAGAACCAACAUAUUGGCAAGAACCUUCAUCUCCACCCUGUUUUGUUUGCUUGGGGUUACUUUCCAGAACCAAUAUCAGAAAUCACAGGUAUGAGUCAUGAAGGAGGAAUCCUUACCUCGCUCCACAAGGUGGAAUCCCAAGAAUCCAAUUUUAGAGCCUUAGUGGAAGCAGCUGCACUAGGUCCUGGUGCAUUUGCAGCACUGUUUCCCUGGCUUUCGGGGAUGAGCAUGAAAGUAGGGAUGGCAAGAUACACAAGGACUGCAACACUUUUUACAUUGGUCAGAGAUCAAGGUUCUGGAAGAGUAAAAUCAGAGGGUAGGAUUCGUUACUGGUUAGAUGAUAUCGACAGAGAAAAUCUUAAAACAGGGCUGAGGCGUGCACUGAAGAUCUUGGUUGCAGCAGGAGCAGUUGAAGUAGGCACAUUCAGGAGCGAUGGACAGAGCAUAAAAUGUGAAGGGAUCAAGGACGGGGAUUUAGAGGAAUUUUUAGACACGGUCACAGCAGCUCAAGGACCUGAGUCAAAAGGAGAAUGCUGGACCAUGUAUGGAUCAGCACAUCAGAUGAGCAGUUGCAGGAUGGGUGCCACAGACCAAAAUGGAGCCGUCGAUGAGAAUGGCGAGAGCUGGGAAGCAAAAGACUUGUUUGUUUUCGACGGAAGUGUGCUUCCAACUGCUGUUGGUAUCAAUCCCAUGCUUACCAUUGAAGCAACUGCUUUUUGUCUCUCGAAAAGAUUAGCAAAUUCACUCAAGAUAGGAGGGUAGCUCUUUCCUCCACAUUUUAGCUUAAUACUUGUAAGAACCAAAAGCUUAAUUAUGUAACUUUAAUAGAAUCAUGUCAUAAUCUUUCAACCUAGUCAUGCAUCUGGAUUGUAACUUUAAUGUCUUUAACAUCAGAGUGAGAAUAAUUCAUCUUUUUUUCCUUCACAAAAAGUGGAAUCAUUGGUAUAACGUUGUUUCAAGGUCCAGCAAGAUGUAGCCGGUUCUUGGGGUAAAAAUGUCCUGUGGCCCAUUAUGGGAUUCUUUAUCCACAAUUAGAAAUCUGGACUCUCUACUUUUUCUCGUCCA